AUGGCCUUCCAGGCCCCAACACAGGUCCCUCGUCGCAGAACAUCCUAUUCCACACCUCACCCGCCUACUCUCACCAUCCCCUCCCCCUCCCCGGAACAACGCGAUGACAACACUGCAAAAUGGGUCCUCUUCUCCCCGACCGCUCGGACGCACACGACUUCAACCGAUCGCACGCGUACUGUAGGUCCUGAACGACUCAGUGAUUUCGGCUCAUUUGCUGCAAUCCAGUCUAUUUCUGGCGCCGCAGCCAACGACGAUGACGAGAAUGCCCUCGACGACCAAUUGGACGAAGAUGGAACCGAACUGGAUAGCCUAGAUGAUGGACUGCACGCCUUUCGAGCACCAGAGCUAGCCCCAGCUUCCCUAACACGGUUUGAUCAGGGGCCGCCUGCGAUGCUCCCAGCUCAUGACGGGUUAGGAAGUUUCCAGGCAUCGAGUCAGGCAGUCCAGGAUCAGCUGUGGCAGCAUGAGCAAUACAACCCUCAGCGGCCCGCGUAUGGCCACCUCCACCGUCGCCGUAACUCAAGUGUGCAGAGGCAUUUAGAUACUGUCGAAGAGGGCGAUGCAAAUUUUGAGCGGGAACGGUGGCAGCGAAUCGAAGAAUGGCGGAUGGACCAGAGCCGGGCUCUGCUGCAGGAGAUCGAACGGGAAACCCGGCAGAGGAGGUCUAGUCUGAACAGCCAAUCGAGCCUUCAUCAUUCCAUUGAUCACAGCACCCAAACUCGUGUAUCUGAUGUGCUAUUGCGGGAUAUUUCCCUGUCGAAAGACGUCUCGGAGGACGAUGACUCUUUCUGGCGCCGUAUCACGCGAACGGUGAUCCGUGACCUGAUCGGGAUUGAUGAUUCGUUGCUCUCCGUGAUCUUUGGUGAGACGUUGCCGCUGGACGCGCAAUCUCGUACCCAGGAAGAUCCACUAGACAUGGAAACGUUACUGGCUCGUGAACCCGAGCCAGAGUUUGGCGAUUCAUCGCUGUGGCAGGCAAAAGUGCUUCAGACAAUCGCUCAUGAGCUUGGGAUCCUUGUCCAUCAACUUUGUGAACACCCCGGCGCAUUUUCAACGUAUUAUCAAAUGACGAAAGAUAUAUCCGCCGAAUAUGCGGGGAUGUCUCUCCACCGUCUAGCGGAAAGCGAAAUCUCUCAGCAACCCGCCGAGUCCACCGUAUCAAUCUCUGCUGAUACAACUGGCGCUUCCAUGCUAUCCCCGCAAUUUUUGCCCACCCUCCGAGGCUCAAAUCGAGACCACGAAGCACAGUGGGGGAUUGAUGAGGAUCCAAAACGAUCCGAACAACUCCCCGAAUCAACAAAACGUCAACAUGAAUCCGAGUACUGGGAAAGCGGACUGGAUGUAAUGAUGGUCUUCCGCUACCUCCGCAACCGCUUCAGCCGCCGAGGUUACAUGCCCAACGAAACUAACACACCAACCUCACCCUGCCUCCCGCAAGAUGCAUCCCGCCGAGCAGCCAUCAUCCGGCAACAUCACCCACUCGUAGCGCGAGCAUACUCCCAAUCUCAAACUCCGAAUCGUCGCGCAUCACAAUUUUCCGGCGUGUCAAACACAGCGGGUGUCUCCUCGCCACUUGUACGACCGCAUCCCCGGCGACCUGGCUCCAGUUGCGCCAGCCAGAGCGCCAAGCUUUCUGCUAUCUCUAGCCGGCGGACAAUGACAAGUUCUAGCCGGAAUUACUGGGAUAUUGGAGGCAGUGAGACCAACAGCGCUAUUGGUGUUGGAGCUGGGCUUGGCAAUUGGGGUGAGGUGUGA